ACAUGUCAACGCAUAUGGUCCAUUGCAGUCGUACGUGUAGUGUGCGUGUGUGCGUGCGUGGUUGAUAAUACUCGCAAGCACUCAGGUGGGAUAACAUUCCUUCGUUCGCCUGCCCGAAAUCAGAUGUGUGCUGCAGUUCCGUACCCUUCCAGGCGUGGUGCAACCGCAGUGUCCAACGGGAAAGUGAACGCAAUGGUCAGCGAUAGCCAGCAGCAUAAAGUCAUUAAAGAGUUUCUCAUACCGGACACGCUGAAGGACGAUAUCGCCUACUGCCAACGAUCGUUGCGGGACUGCGUGAAAGUGCAUCAGUAUUUCGUCCAACGAUGUAACAGCUUACCGGCUAGCCAGGUAAGGAUAAUGGUUGUCGACCAAAGAUUCGACGCCCCUCGUUGUUCUCCUCCGCCACCUCGCAGCAGACGAACUAAUGAGUGGCGUGAUCUUUUGCAGCGUGCACAGGUAAAGCGGUACCUGCUCGAGCUGGAGGUCGAAAUGAGGGCGAUCGGGCAGGAACAGCGGGAACUGGUGGACGAUCUGGCCAAGCGGUUAAAGCACUUCCAGCGCAAGACGGCCACCGAAAAGCACAUCGUACUUCGCGAUGACCUUGCGAACGGUUACGUCGCCUGGGUGCUGUCUAACCACUCGGAGGUGAAUUACACCGCGGCACACAUACCGCACACCGUAUCGGAGCGGCUGAACGAAACCCAGCUGUAUCAAAAGUAUCGCCUGGAACCGCUGCUAGCCUGCGCCGCCGUCCCAUCACUGCCCGAUGUAACGCAGGUGAAAGAAAAGCGCCUGCGUAAAAGACCGGUUUUGCAGACCUCGCUGUUAAAGCCCCGCGAAGAACGUGAUCUCGCCAGCACUGCCUUAAAGGAGGAAUCUUCCCCGCACACGCCGCCGAGCACACCGCCGAUCACCGCCACAAGGACAACGGGCAACAGGCGCAAAACGCCACCCGAAACACAGCAGCCUUUAAUACUGAAGAAAAUGCUUCGUACGAGAUCGAUGGCGGCAACGCCUUCGGUGGUUGCUACGGUGAAGGAAGAGCCCACCGUAAAGCAAGAACCGAUCGAGCCGGAGAACGCUGUUGAAGCGGAAGAUCACCUGCUCACGGCGAUCGCCUGCCAGGAAUCGGCUGCAGUGAAGCGUGGCCGUAGCAAUCUGCUGCAAGCCCUAAACAAGGCAAAAACCACACAGAAAACUAGCUCAAAACAAUCGCCCACGGCAAAUCCACCCGUCCCGGGUUCGGCGAAAAGCACACGGAACAAUCGGGCUGGUUCGGUUACUGCAGGUGACACGCAGCGCAGCUCGUCGGUAUCGUCGGACUCAUCUAACUCGCGCGCUUCUACACCGGGCACUACAGCGAACGGGACACGCCGACAACAACCGACAAACCUCGAAAACAGUACCUCCGAUGACUCAUCGAUCGAACGUUUGCCAAUGCCACCGGAAGAACCGACCAACGCCCUGCCAACGUCCAUCGACGAAUGGGAACAGUACAGCUUCCUGAAGCUCUUCGGGCUGUACACGAUCGAGGACAGUAAUCUGCUGAAGGGACGCAAAAACGAACGUAAACGGCGCAGCUGUUGCAGUACCGAGCGUAAAGAUUUCCAUUACGGUCGGUUCGAUUACUACGAGCAGCAGUUUUACAUUGCCCACAAGCGGCGGUACAACGUGAACAAACGCCUGCUGUACACCGCCACGUCGGUGGAAAAAUCAAUCAAGAAAAGAAAACCGUGGUCUGCGGCUAGUGCGAGCGGUGGUACGAUUACGAUGGCACCACCGCCAUCUUGCCUACCGGUGCAGGACGAUACAGCGAUCCAGAAGGACACCGGUGGUAGCUGUUUGCGCGGGCUGGAGCCAGUGGUGGAGGAGGUCCAACUGUGCUGCGUUUGCAAAAAAGAAGGAAUGACCGGGGAAACGCUAAACGCUUGUAGAGAAUGUAGCAAUUUGUAUCACCUAAGCUGCCACGUGGACGACGACGCCAGCAUCGGCCUAGCAGGAGAUGAUGAAAAUGGCAACCACUCCACCGGGGAAAGCUUGCCACCACGGCCCAAAGAACUGUGCCCAGAGUGUUGGGCCGUGGGCAAAGCGAAGUAGCAGCAUGGAACCCAACGGAUCCAGGGAAAAGGUACUCUGUUAGUUGAAUUGUUUGUUUUUCUUUCUUGUUAUCGCCUUUUGAGAUACUGUUAUAGUAAUGUGUAAAGCAACAGCGGUUAUUCAUCAGCCCUCCCACUUAGAUAGGCCCAAUAUUGUAAUGUAGAGAAUAUUAGCAAAAUUAAACUAAUCAAAAGACAUAGCACGUGGAACACUGUUUUACCGUAAACCAAAACUCAAAUGCAAAUAAAUCGUAAAUAGCGA